UGUCCAGGCGUUCCCCAGGGACAGAGGGUCCUUUCACCCCACGCUCCUAUUCUCAUGGCACCACCGCAGCCUUCCCCAUCUCUCCUUUGGGUCCCCACCGUCCCACAGUGGUACAUCAAGGUGCCCAGGAGGGUGAUCUGUUCACUCCUCAUCCCCCCUCCUGACUGUGCUCGCAGGUGGACAUGCCCCAUGUAAAGUGCAAAGACCAGGAGCCACAGCCCUUGGGGGAGAGCAAGGCGCAUCAGCAGUUCAAGGAGAACCGUGAGGAGGAAGCUGGUAGAGGGCCAGAUAGUGCCAGUCGCCAGCUGACAGUGCUGGAAGGGAAGUCAGGACUCUACUUCUCCUCUCUCGACUCGAGCAUCGACAUCCUGCAGAAGAGAGCCCAGGAGCUGAUCGAAAACAUCAAUGAGAGCAGGCAAAAGGACCACGCACUCAUGACCAACUUCAGGAACAGCCUGAAGACCAAGGUUUCGGAUCUGACAGAGAAAUUAGAGGAGAGGAUCUAUCAGAUUUAUAAUGACCACAACAAGAUCAUCCAGGAAAAGCUCCAGGAGUUCACCCAGAAAAUGGCAAAGAUCAGCCAUUUGGAAACAGAGCUCAAACAAGUCUGCAACAGUGUGGAGACUGUGUACAAAGACCUGUGUCUCCAGCCUGAGCAGAGCCUAAGACUCAGACGGCCAGACCACUCUAGAGGAAAGUCCCCACCACGUCCCAGCGACUCACAGCCCCCAGACGUGUUCGUUUCUUCUGUGGCUGAAACUACUUCUCAGGUGGUUAUCAGUAAACCGGCCUGA